GUAUCCUUAAUUUGUCAAUCUCUCUCCUACGACAGUCUUUUUAUGUUUUCUGUGAUUCUUUGGCUGUUUGGAGGAUCCAAUUCAUCGUCCAUGUCGCAGGAAUCAUAUCUGACCCAGGUGGUUAAGCUCCGUACAAGAGAAGAUGCAAAUGUGAAUCUCAACUUUAAUAGCUAAUAUUGUGGACACAUGAAGAUAUUGUUGGGUGUUAGAUACAGAGGCUUAACUUUACUACUUUGUAAGGUGUUCUAUUCUUUGCCACCGCCAUGGUCUUUCCAUCCUUAUGUCUCUGAUAUUUACUCAUCUCCUUUUCCAUGUUGCU